UAAAAACCAGUUGAAGAGAAGUUUGAAAUGAGUAUGCCGUACAAUUGCGUUAAUAGAAGUUAAUAUAUCUAAGUACUCAGAAUAAAUUAUCAUAUGCAACCAAUAUAAUAAUCAUUUAGUGACAAAAAACGACGAAUAUAAAUAAAUUUAACGAAUAUAAAUAAAAUAACUUUCUUAAAUAAAGUGUGUGUUUGUACGUGUAUAUAAGGUAUAUCAUUCGAUUACAAGUAAAAGAAUUAUUAUCCUUUCUGCUAAGAUAGAAAACAGAGAUAAAUCUUCGAGAAAAGACAAAACAACAAUAUGAACUACGUAAAAAUUAAUGUAGAACCAUCAACAAAGAUUUACAAUAAGAUUGAUGCAGAAUCUAAUGAAAAAAUGAUAAUGGAUUAUGCAAGUCUUGUUGAACGUACACGAAAUGUAUUUAUUAAUGGUAAAACAAGAUCAUUAAAAUGGAAACAAACACAAUUAAAACAAACACUACUUAUGAUACAAGAAUGUAAACAAGAAAUUAUAUCUGCUCUUGCUUCUGAUUUACGCAAGUCUAAAUUUGAAUCUGUUAUUAUGGAAAUAAAUAUUGUUGAAGGAGAAAUCAAACAUUUGCUCAUGUCUCUUAAGGAAUGGUCAGCUGAUGAAAAACCUCCAAAAGAUAUAGUUAACAUAAUGGACAGAGUUGAAAUUAAGAAAGAUCCAUAUGGUGUGGUUCUUAUUAUGGGACCAUGGAAUUAUCCUUUCCAAUUAAUUAUGGCUCCUUUAGCAGGUGCAUUAGCUGCUGGAAAUUGUAUUAUUGUUAAACCAUCAGAAAUAUCCUCUGCUACAGCAAAACUUAUUGCAGAUAUUAUUCCAAAAUAUUUAGAUCAAGAAUGUAUUCAUGUAAUAUUAGGAGGUAUUUCUGAAACAACAGAAUUACUUAAGCAAAGAUUCGAUUAUAUAUUUUAUACAGGUUCAUCUAGUGUUGGAAAAAUCAUUCAUCAAGCAGCAAAUAAAUUUUUAACGCCGAUAACAUUAGAACUUGGUGGUAAAAGCCCUGUAUAUAUAGAUAAUACAGUAGAUAUGGACAUAACUGUGAAAAGAGUACUUUGGGGCAAAUGUGUUAAUGCUGGACAAACAUGUAUUGCACCUGAUUAUAUACUUUGUUCUGAAGAAAUUCAAAAUAAAUUUGUAACAAAGGCAAGAGAAAUUCUAAAAGAUUGGUAUGGUAAUAAUCCAAAAGAAAGUCCAGAUUUAUCACGUAUAAUUAAUGAACAUCAUUAUCAGCGUCUUAUCAAGUAUUUAAAUAAUGGUAGAAUAGUGAUAGGUGGUGACUGUGAUCCUAAUGAAAAAUAUAUCUCUCCAACUAUUCUUGUUGAUAUCAAAUCUACGGAUCCUGUGAUGCAAGAUGAAAUAUUUGGUCCAAUAUUACCAAUUAUAAAUGUGAAUAAUGCUUAUGAAGCAAUUAAAUUUAUAAAUAAUCGUGAAUCCCCACUCGUAAUAUAUAUAUUUUCCAAGGACAGGGGAGUUCAGGAUUUAAUAAUAAAUCAAACUCGUAGUGGAAGCGUAGGAGUAAAUGAUACAAUAAUGCAAUAUUGUGUUGACAGUAUACCAUUUGGUGGUGUUGGCAAUUCUGGUAUGGGAUGUUAUCAUGGAAAAUAUACUUAUGAUACCUUUGUACACAAAAAAGGUUGUCUUAUUAAAUAUUUUAAUAAACUAGAAGAAGCAUUGGCAUCAGGCCGUUAUCCACCAUAUUCUGAUAAAAAUUUAUCUUUCUUACAAAUUCUAAUGGCAAAACGGCCUGACAUACCUGGAAUUAAAUAUUUUCCACAUCUUUUAGCAUUUGGUUUGGGAAUUCUUGCCACAUACAGUGUUUUAAUUAUAUUAAAGGUAUAUAAAUUUAGGCAUAAAGGUAUAUAAAUUAAUGCAUUUAUUAAUUUGUAAUAAUUUCAUUUGUUAUAAUCUACUGCACAAAAAAUUAUUGCACACACAAUAUAAGCAGAUAUUUAUAUUUAUAGAAU